AUGGCGGCCUCAGUGCUAUCUUUCGGCUCUAGUGUUGCUCUUCUCACCUUGUCGUACAUGGAACAUUCAAGAUCCCUUCGGCCAUCUAUGCUACUCAAUGGCUAUCUCUUCGCUACUGUCAUACUCGAUGCUGCAACUCUUCGAACACUCUGGUUAAUGCCGCACUUCUCUGAUCGCAUUCGCAAUAUCUUCACAGUCGCUCUUGCCAUCAAAGCUGUGGUUCUCUUGCUUGAGGCUAGAGGUAAAAGAGCUUACUACAAUGCAGAGAGGAACAUGAGUCCGGAAGAUUUCAGCGGCAUCUAUGGUCAAGCACUUUUAUCGUGGUUGAAUCGCUUGAUCUGGCAGGGCGCUCGCCACUUGUUGAAGCCAGAGGAUCUGUAUGCCAUUAGUGAUGAUGUUGCAUCCGAAACACUCAGCUCCCGAUUCUCGCAAGAAUGGGAAAUACACAAGAACAUCGGCUAUGGUUUGAUCGGUGCCUAUUUUGUUGUGUUUUUAAGCAUGCUUCGUGGCACACUCAUUACUGCAGUCUAUGGCAAAGCCACCAACAUCGUUGCUAUAGCAAAAGACAACAAAGCUUCGAUUACAUUGAUGAGCACCGAUGUUGAGCGUACUACUCGUGGCUUAAUUGACUUACACGAGAUGUGGGCAAAUAUUGUCCAGGUCGGUAUUGCCACAUGGCUGCUUGAAGUUGAACUUGGUGCUGCGUGUGUGGGUCCUGUCAUCGUUGCUCUAGCUGCAGUAGGUACUACCAUAUGGUUCUCUGGCUACACCGCUUCGUUCCAGCUCCUUUGGAUUGACAAGGUCCAAGCAAGAAUUGGGAUAACUACCUCGAUUCUCGGCUCUAUGAAAGCUAUCAAACUUUCUGGUUUGACUUCGAGAGUAGGGGGCCUUCUGCAGCGAUCUCGUGUCCAUGAACUUGACGCCGCCAGACGAUUUCGUACCCUUUCCUCCAUCUCGGUGGCUAUAGGAAACGUGCCACAGCUUAUAGCACCUGUUCUGACUUUUGCAAUCUACGUUGGUCUCUCCUUCAAAGACCACACUGCAAUCGACACGACCAAGUUGUUCACAUCGCUGGCUCUCAUUCUUCUUGCGUCUGAGCCUCUGUUUAUGCUGAUCAAUGGCCUCAUCGAAUUGCGCUCAGCAAUCGGCUGUUUCGCACGCCUAGAAACCUUCUUGCAAGCUCCAGCACGACGUGAUACUCGAACCAUUGUACCCCCUGACCCGAAACACGAUCGCUCCCUGACUGGUCGUAGCCCUAACGCUAUGGCUAUGCACAAUGCUUCGUUUGGCUGGAAGGAUGGUGAUCAGUCGACCAUUAAGAACAUCAGCCUAAAGGUGCCUGUUUCUGACUUGGUCAUGAUCACCGGCCCCGUUGCUUGUGGCAAGACUACACUGCUGAAGGGAAUACUUGGUGAAACGCCCGUGACUGAGGGCAGAGUUGAGCUUUCGAGCUCUAGUAUUGCCUGGUGCGAGCAAUCUCCUUGGCUGAUGCUGGAUUUGAGCACUAAGACCGUCAUCUACGAACGUCUCUUAGGACAGCGAGGCCUACUGCGCAGAUGGAAGACAACGGUCAUCAUGACGAUCGGAGCAUCUAAGUUUCUUCCUAGAGCGGACCUCAUUGUUGUUCUUUCUUCGAACGGCACAAUCGAAGGACAGGGCACCUUCCAGGAAUUGCGUGCUGCAGGCAACAGCGCGGCCAGAUACAUCACCUCGAUGGUAGCUAAUUCAGCAGAGAACACUACACCGGAUUCUACAAGCAGUAAAAAAGCUGCGGGCGCUGGUAAGACACAUGCUGCUCAAAGUGACAGCAAGGUGGAUGACAAGAUUCUGGAAGCAUCUCGUCAGAGAGGUGACUUUGGCAUCUACAAGUAUUACUUUGCAUGCAUUAGCUGGACGGUGGCAGCGAUCUUUCUCCUGUUACAGCUCACAUAUGCCUUCUUUUCCACCUUUCCUACGGUCUGGCUCAAAUGGUGGGCGGAUGCAGACAAGCAAGAGUCUCAUUCGAGAUACGGCUACUACAUUGGCAUUUACACAGCACUUCAGAUUGUGGCUUUGGUACUUUCUGCUGCAGUGACUUGGAUCAUCAUCGACGGCCUGGAUCUAUCGACUAUUCGGCGGGAAACACUACGCUCCCGCCUCAUCUGUAUCACAGAAGAGCCAUUCCUGUUCCCAGAAAGCGUUCGAGAUAAUCUCGCUCUCGACUCCACGACCAUGGAGGACCAAAACUUGGUGCGAGUGUUGCAACAGACGGGACUUUGGGAAACCAUAGAUGCAAAAGGAGGAUUGGACGCCAAGAUGGAGGAUGUACAUCUGAGUCAAGGAUCCAAGCAACUUUUCAACAUUGCAAGGGCUUUGCUGAGGAAAGAUGAAGGCAAGGUGUUGGUCAUGGAUGAAGCCACCAGCAGUAUCGAUACCGAGAUGGACAUCAAGAUUCAAUCUCUCAUCAUGAAAGAGUUUGCCGAACACACUAUCAUCUCGGUGGCUCAUAAAUUGGAUACCAUUGCUGGGUUUGACUUUGUGGGUGUUAUGGAUGCUGGCAAAUUGGUUGAAUAUGGCAACCCUAAGGUUUUGUUGCAGCAACACUCAUCGAGAUUUAAGGAGUUGUGGGAUGAGCGCUAG